CACUACUUCCGGGUUUCGGCAGUAUGGUCCAGAUUCAGAGCGCUGCCGCGUUUCACACACAUACACACAAACACACGUACGCGCACACACACUCACACUUACAUACAUUAGCUGUGCACGAGCGGCAAAGGCGGCUCGCAGCAUCGAUCGUGGCUCCUUUAAGAAGAACUAAAGCCAGAAUCCUCACCACACCUCCUCUCCAGCUUAUUUAGAAGGUUUUGCAUAAAAAAUCAACUCGGGAGAAGCGAGCGACCAAAAGAGAUGCGCAAGAGCUUGAUUUUUUUUCUCCUUUGCGCGCGUUUUUACGAGCGGCGGUGUCGCGAGGUGUGCUAACCGGAGGAAGCGCGGCGGAGGAUCAUCAUUCAUUCGACACUUUGACAAGCUUGCCUUUGAUUGACAGGCCGAGUGGCAAAAAGCCAUGGGACUUGCUAGCUGGGUCUGAGGGGUAUUUUCAUUAAAAAAAAAGGUCUGGGAAAGAAGAUUAUUUUCGGCUUUUUCGUCGCUGUCCGGCGGGGAAAGGCGGAGAACCCUGGCUGUGUUUGUCGUGUUUGGCUGAAGUCGAUGCGAAGGACCGUGUCAUAGAAAGGGGUCUGGAUUUUUUGUUUUUGAACAACCAAAGAAACAAACAUAAAAACCAGAUUAUCUUUCGGAAAUUGCGUUUUCAUCCCUUUUUCAUCCUGGCCUCUUAGGGAAUACAUUUUGCGUUGAAAGAAGCUGAGUGUGGAGGGCGAUGGCGCAGAGGUACGAAGACUUGCCCCACUACGGCAUGGACGGCGUCGGGAUCCCGAGCACCAUGUACGGGGACCCGCACGGCGGCGCGCGGCCUAUGCAGGCGGUGCACCUGAACCACGCGCCGCCGCUGCACGCACACCAGUACCCGCACACUGCACACGCCAACGCCAUGGCCCCCGCAAUGGGAGCGUCCGUCAACGACGCGCUCAAGAGAGACAAGGACGCCAUUUACGGGCACCCCCUUUUCCCAUUGCUAGCACUGAUUUUUGAAAAGUGUGAGUUAGCGACGUGCACGCCUCGGGAGCCCGGCGUGGCCGGAGGAGAUGUUUGUUCUUCUGAGUCUUUCAACGAAGACAUCGCCGUGUUCGCCAAACAGAUCAGAGCAGAAAAGCCAUUAUUUUCGUCAAAUCCUGAGCUUGAUAAUUUGAUGAUACAAGCCAUACAAGUAUUACGUUUUCAUCUUUUGGAACUGGAGAAGGUGCACGAGCUGUGUGACAACUUCUGCCACCGGUAUAUCAGCUGUCUGAAGGGCAAGAUGCCCAUAGACCUGGUAAUAGACGAGAGAGAAGGAGGAUCUAAGUCUGAUAGCGAGGAAAUAACGAGAUCGUCGGGGCCGCUGGAUCAGACCUCAUGGAACAGAGACCAUGAUGACACAGCUUCAACACGCUCCGGAGGUACGCCAGGACCCUCCAGUGGUGGACACACAUCACACAGUGGCGACAACAGCAGUGAACAAGGUGAUGGACUGGACAACAGUGUGGCCUCCCCCAGUACGGGUGAUGACGAUGACCCCGACAAGGAGAAGAAGAGGAAUAAAAAGCGUGGCAUUUUCCCCAAAGUAGCAACGAACAUCAUGCGAGCAUGGCUCUUCCAGCACUUGACACACCCCUACCCUUCAGAAGAACAGAAAAAACAGCUGGCCCAAGACACUGGCCUUACCAUACUACAAGUGAACAAUUGGUUCAUUAAUGCACGAAGGAGAAUAGUCCAGCCAAUGAUCGACCAGUCCAACCGAGCAGUAAGUCAGGGAGCCCCCUACAACCCAGAUGGCCAGCCCAUGGGAGGCUUUGUGAUGGACGGCCAGCAGCACAUGGGAAUCAGACCACCUGGAUUGCAGGGCAUGCCAGGGGACUUCCUGCCUCAUAGCGGUCCGAUGGCCACGGGCAUGUGCCAGCCUGCCUACAGCGGAUCACAGCUCCCUCACCAGCUAUGGCUCGGGCAUCCGAUGUGUUCCUACAUUCCUGGACAUCCCCUGAACUCAGCAACGUUGAUGCAAGGAGGACCAACCCACCCUGUCAUGCCCAAGUCAGCCUCCAGCUCCUUUAUAUAUCUCCCAGGAGACCCCACCAUGGACGGACAAGUCUUGGACAUCCACACUCAGUAGUUACCUAAAGUUGCUACAAAAACGGAUUCUUUAAAAACAGCUGUGAUCGGGACAGGGAUCUGCGAUUGGUUUUCUUAGGGGGUUCACACAGCAAAUAUGACUUGCUCCAAAAACUGAAAAGUUCUUUUUAGGUGAGACUGGACAUGCGAAACAAGCCAGCGUGCACACCAUGGGAUGUGUGUGCUCUUUUGCAAAGAAUCAAGCUGAGACAAAAAGAAAGUUUGAACUUAUUGCUAUAUCAGCUCCUAAAGGAGAGGGAGGCAAAGAUUCUGUAUACUGUUGUAAAAUUACAUUUGGACUCAUGCAAGAACUGGGAAUUAAGUAUUGUAAAUGCAAUGGUAAUGUUCUGCAUAUUAUGUUGUUUCUAAUAGAUUUUUAAAAAAAAAAAGAAAAAGGAUGUGAACUUUUUUCUUUCCACACUAUGUGUGUGCCAUCUCCAUAGACGUUUGACCUCCUCCUUAAAUCUUUAAAAAAGAAAUAAGUAUGUGAAUAAAUCAAUUGGUUGCAUUGAUUA